AUGCCAUUUGAUAACCUGCUUGAUCGCUACUAUUCGUUCUUCCACGACGCGCAUCCCUGCGUUCUUCCGAAACGCUACCUGCUGGAUAGGCUGGAGAAAGAUCCGCUGUCAUUCGAGGCAUUGGUUCUGGUGAUGCGGUAUAUUGGCUCGCUAUUCGAUCCGUCGACGCAGUCUGAGCUUCUGGAACAGGAGAUGUUGCAAGCGCUCGCGCCGACUCUCAAUCAUCAAGUCCUUUUGACCGGGUAUCACGUUCAGUCGCUGCUAUUAUAUAUUAUCACACUAUACGGCUGUAAUAAAAUUGAAAAGGCUGCCGAAUUGAUGGAAAAAUCAAUUCAAAUCGCUUUAGGACUCGGAAUGCAGCUAGAAGAAUUCGCCGUGCAGCAUGGGGAAGGUGAUCCAGUCCUCGAGGAAAGCUGGAGACGGACCUGGUGGCAAUUAUACAUUAUAGACUCCUAUAUCACUGGCGGCACUCGCACGUUCCCUGCAAAGACUAGCUACGUCGAAAUCACCGCAUUACUGCCCUGUGAGGGUGACAAUUAUGAAUCAGGGUUUUGA